AUGCAAGCUUCUGAAACUUCAUCUGAACGAAAAAAUACUUGUGAUAACGGCUGGGUUCCUUUCAGCGGCCAUUGUUAUUACUUCAAUGAAACAGAGGCAACUUGGGAUGAGGCUGUGGCUCAGUGUGAACAGAGAGACUCGUACUUGAUCGAGCUGAACUCCGAUUUGGAAAGCACUUGGAUCACAGAGUCAUUUCUUCUGCCAGUAAGCGGUGUUGAAGCAAUAUGCCCUCACUUCUUUAGCUGUUCAGUCUGGGUUGGUGCAAGAUGCGAAUUGCCUCCGGACAAGUUUCUGUGGAACCAAAGCGGAACAGAAAUAGUGUUUCCUCAAUGGGCUGCGAACCAACCAAACAGUGGUCGUGGAGUACCAGCCUGUGUCGUCCUUCAGCGGGCCGGAACCGGAAAUGACAUGUAUUGUACUAAAACUUUUCAGUUCAUCUGUGAGAAAGAGUGAUGCAAGAAAAUCUCGAAUAGAUCCCAGUCAUACAUUUUACUAACUCGACAAAUAUUG